AUGGCGGACACGAAGAACGGCGGAGGCGAGGCCCCGUCCUCGACUGCUGGGGAUCAGUCCAAUGCCCCAUCACCGCGCAAUCAGGAUGGCGCGCAAAGCAAUCAACAGCAUCAACCUAGCGCUGCGUCAGAAGUAGCGCCUUCAGGAUCCACUAGCAAGGCUUCUUCCACCAGAAAUUCCACUCCGGCUGCUUCUUUGGAGACACCGCAGCCUGCACAAGACCCCAACGACGCGUCCUCUGCCAUGGAGGACGUGCAGAUGACAUCGGAAACAGCCAAUUUCCCAUCAUCCAAGGCCAAGUCGUCAUCAAAAGAGCCCGAGCAGAAUGGUGAGGCUCCAUCAUCAUAUGGCACGCGGUCGCGCGGCCGUCCCGGCAGGUCGCGUCCCAAUUAUGCUGAAGACACUGAAAUUGACUUUGAAGUGGGAGCUGCGCCCACCAACGGUAACGUGUCUGAUCCGCCGUCGCGUAAUUCGGUGGCUCCCGACAGCGGCCUUCCUUCCAAUGUGAGUGGGAAAAAAGGUUCCGGCUCUGCGCAAGGCAAUGCGUCGUGGGGUAAUUCCGGAACCAACACCAAAGAUAACGCGGCAAAUGCCAAUAUCCCGGCUCCAUCAACCACUGCUGCACCAGCCCAGGCCAGCACACCACAGCCCCAACCUACAACCAAACGGCGCAAAAAUGCUGCUGCAAAUGCCGCAAAUGGAAGUCACGCGAGUACGGCUGCGCCAAGCCAGGCUGCGGCGAAACGCGCAAGUCAGGCCAACGCCGUGGUAGCCGCCAACAGCGCACGAGAGACUAACAUGAUGACUUUUGAGAACACUGGUGCCUUUCUCAAGGAUGGGCACCUGGAGGCUGACGAUGGCCAGAUUAUCUCCGUUAAUGAUCAAGUGUACCUCGUGUGCGAGCCGCCCGGCGAGCCUUACUACCUCUGCCGGGUUAUGGAGUUUAUUCACGUCGACAAUGACCCCAAGAAGAAAAUCGAGUCUAUGCGGGUGAACUGGUUUUAUCGCCCACGAGAUGUUCAGCGCUACAACAACGACACCCGUCUGGUGUAUGCAACAAUGCACUCAGAUCUCUGUCCCAUCGCAUCCUUACGAGGAAAGUGCCAGAUUUUGCAUCGGAGCGAAAUCGGCGACCUGGAUGAGUAUCGCAAGACCAAAGACAGUUUCUGGUUCAACCAAGUUUUUGAUCGCUUCAUCCAUAGAUGGUACGACGUCAUUCCGGUCUCGUCUGUCAUCAAUGUACCCGACCGAGUCAAAAAAGCAUUGGACGAGCGAUGGAAGUACAUCUGUCUAGAGACCAGUCGAGUCAAGGAGCUGACCAGCGCUGUCAAGAGCUGCAAGCGUUGUGUUGGAUAUUGCGCGGCGAAUGACUCCGUCGAAUGUGCCGUGUGCCACAAUACAUAUCACAUGAAUUGUGUGCGGCCACCACUUCUGAAGAAGCCAUCUCGCGGGUUUGCCUGGGCUUGCGGCCCAUGUAGUCGAGCCCAAGAGAAAAGGCUGGAGGCUCGCUUAGGCGCCACCAACGAGGAUGCAGAAGAGGAGGAGGUUGUAGACGAGGAAGAAGAGGAAGGAAAUGGCGAAACAAAUUCGACCACUCCCGACCCUGAAACACACAUCGACACGCAUCCUGCAACACAGGCCGAGAUAGCCUUGGCUAAGAUGUGGCCCAUGCGAUACCUGGGUAUCCACUGUAGGGUAGAGGAUGCGCUGCAAUACGAUGAUCGGGCCAUCUACCCACGUGCAAGUUCCCGGCUCGGACCACGACACCAAGCCAACGUCAAUGUUUGGCACGGACAUCCCGUCGAGUUUGUCAAACCGGCAGAGAUUAAGAAACGCUAUGUCAAGGCUGCAGGCAAUAAGAAGGAGGGCAAGCUGUCAAAAGAGACUGUUGCCGCCAUUGAGGCCGACAAGGCAGAGAAGGCUAAGCGCCCGAAGUGGGUCAUGGACGAACCACCUGGCUAUGUUCGUCGCGGUGAAGAUAUACCGAACAAGGACUCCAAAUGUACCGCGGAGCUUUUGUUCAAGAUGCCUCCUUUGGGUGUGCACUCCACACGCGGAGAAGACAAUUCGCCGACUGUGACGGAAGAGCAGGUGAAGGCUUACAUGGACCGAGCAAAGGCCCUGGCUCAAUCGCAUGUCGGAGUGGACCCUUGGAACACCAACUUUCUGGAUAGGUGCUUGGCUCUCUUUACCAAGUAUCAAUACGACGCCGACGUAGCUUUGAAGCAUGUCAAGAAGAUUGACAAGCGAAAAGAUCUCAAGGAGCCAGAGUUGACCAAAGAGGAAGAAAAGAAGUGGAACGAAGGUGUCGCAAAGUAUGGCUCAGAGAUUAGGCUCGUCCGCCUUCACACAAGCAAAACGAUGUUCUACGGAGAUGCUGUGCGGUACUACUAUAUGUGGAAGAAGACAAUGAAAGGCAGGGAGAUCUGGGGCUCUUACAGCAGUCGAAAGGGGCGGACUAAGAAAGUUGAGCCCGACGCGCAGGCUCGACUGGUGGACGACGUGGCGGAUAACCAGGACGACUCGGCAUUCGACAGCGCAAAGGCGAUUCAGCGCAAGCGCCUCUUCCAGUGCAAGUUCUGUACUGUUCGACACUCUCGACAAUGGAGGCGUGCUCCUGGCGUGACACCUGGUCAGAUGAUACCUCCUGACGGCCGUUCCAAAGACAAGACAGGAUUCCUCAUUGCGCUUUGCUUGCGGUGUGCAAACUUGUGGCGCAAAUACGCAGUGACUUGGGAGAAUGUCGACGAAAUUGCGAAGAAGGUUGCCCAAGGUGGAGGAAAGGCCUGGAAGAGGCGGAUAGAUGAAGAGCUCCUCCGCGAAGUCUCCGCUGCACAGUCAGACCCCAGCUCCAAGAACGCUACCCCCGAAUACGUCGAACUUCCGCCUGCUACCGCUCAGCCGACUAUCGAGCCCCCUAAAAAGAAGCAGAAAACUGCCAUGGCAAUUACAAACGGAGACAGCGGAACAUCAACUCCCGUCAACGAGCCCACUUCCAAGAAGAAGGAAAAGGAAAAGCCAAUUCCGGUCCCCAAAGCGCCUACGCCUCCACCAGUUCCUGCACCCCCAAAGCUCAGGGCUCUUCCCUGCGCUGUGUGUCGAUCAACAGAAGGCUCACGCCUAGAAUGUUCCGCUUGUCGAUUGACUGUUCACAAGGCUUGUUAUGGUGUUGAAGAGACACGACAAGCCAACAAGUGGUACUGUGACACCUGCAAGAACGACAAGAAAGAGAGCGUGUCAUAUUCCUACGAAUGUGUUCUCUGUCCGCAAAAAGAGACCGAACAAGAAUUCUACGAGCAACCCAAAGUCACACACAAGAAGAAGACAGACCGCGACCGAGAAAAGGAGCGCUUGGAGAAAGAACUUGUUGACAAGGCAAAGGAAGAAUAUCGCAUCCAACAACAGGAGAAAGGCCGACCACUCGUUCCUCGUGAGCCGCUCAAGCGUACUGCUGACAACAACUGGGUGCAUGUGUACUGUGCAAUUUGGCAUCCUGAGAUCAAGUUUAGCAGCGCAAUCCGUUUGGACAUGGUGGAGGGCAUAGGAGCGCCGACACUUCGAUACGAUGCGGUUUGUAAGCUUUGCAAAACGAACAAAGGCGCAUGUACGUCGUGCCUGCAAUGCCAUGGAACUUUCCAUGUCGGUUGCGCUCACAGCAGCGGAUACACCUUCGGUUUCGACAUGACGCCAGUCAAGGUCUCGCGUCGGGACGCAGUGCCCACUGUGACUCUAAAUGGAGAAACGGGGACAUUGAUUGCGGCAAUUUGGUGCAAGGAACAUGCUCCCAAGACCGUUGUUCACCCCAUGAACGAGGAAGUGGAGGGGACUGAACUGAUCGCCCUUCAACUGUUCGCCCGCGAGUUCAAACAGGCCGAUUUGACUUUGACAGGCACGGCGCGCAAGGCCAACUUAGUCGACCAGACAACGCGCGUCGUACCACAAGUUGUGCCAACACAGGUUAACCGUAGGGCGUCCGCAGUCACAGCAUCCACGCCCACAUCUGCACGAGGACGGCACUCCAAUGCUGGCAUAGUAGUCAAGGAAGAAUCAGCAGAGCCAAUCGCGCCCAAGGUCGAGCACAAGUGCUCGCGCUGCAAGACUGAAGUCAGCCCGCGGUGGUGGGAAAUUGACGAAGCAACGACAGCACUCCAAGUGUCUCGGAUUGUAGACGGACCACUGGACGGCGCGACUGAUAUGAACGGACAUGGUGAGAAGAAGCACGGCCUAGAAGAGGGCCAAGCGGUCAAAAGUAAUGGCAGCGAGGAUCAACCAAUGUCGGACGCACCACCUGUUGGGUCGCCUAGGCGCAAUGGUUUGCGACUAGAUACUGAAGUUGAAGCGGUUCGUUCCGCUUCCUACUUGUGCCAGAAAUGUUACUGGAAGAAACAGAAUGGCACGGAUGAAGAGGAGGAGGAGCGAACGAGAUCGAUAUCCAUCUUCAAGGAACCGCCACAGCUUUACGCCCUGCCUGCAACUCAAAUACCAACGUAUGCACCUCCUCCUCCGCCUGCGCUGGCUGGAGGCUGGGCAUUACCAGGAGCUCCGCCGCUCAGUCACCCUCCUCCAUUGCCAACCUGGCAUAGUGGUGUUCCUCCUGGACCUGGUCAUCCACACCAUCUGCCAAACGGCAAUGGGUACGCGCCACCGCUUCCGGGCCCGCCAGUUGGCCACGUCCCUCCAUUCCAUGCGCCAUAUCCGCCGCAGACGAAUGGAUAUUCAGCGUUCUCUGGUCCGCCGAUGCACUCGGCGAUUCUAGCGGCAGGGCUGCGUCCGCCAUACUCUGGGCCGCCUAUCAGUGGGCCUCCGCAGUUGCACCACAACAAUAGUUCGAUGCUAGUCAACGGCACUCUUCAGUCGCCGCGGACAAUGCCUUAUUCGCCCACUCAUCCACACGCACACCCUGUGUCGCGCGAAAGUCCAUUCUCGGCACCUCCACAGGCAGUGCCACAGUACGCGGCGCUACAUCAUGGCAGUGCUGCGCCUGGCAGGCCGGCGACUCCAAUGGACGCAGUGAUGCGGGACGCUCCGGCGGCAGUAACAUCGGCGCCGAUUGAGCGGGCCAACACGGGGGCAAGUGCGAGCCCAUCACUUCGCAAUUUGCUGCAUUAG